AUGGAUGGGAUUCUCGCCCUUGCGGCCCUCCAUGUCGCACGCUACAAUAACGGACGGAAACAUACUCUCCUCCAGUAUGCGAUUGAGCGCCAUUCCGCAUCUAUAUCGAAGGCCUUGCCACUAGUAUCCGGAGUGACAGCACAGACUAGUACUCCUCUUUUUGUAUUUGGGGUACUAACACUCUAUUAUAGUCUAGCGCGACCCAUCCAGGAGAAUGAAAUGGUGGUUUUUGGAAGCGACGCUGUUCCCGAAUGGCUAUACAUUAUGCGAGGCAUCGAUGCAGUUGUAUCGAUGGAGACGUCCCUAUUAUCAUCUCCCGUGUCCCUAAUAUUUCGAAGUACUUGGGGAAGUUUGGAUUACUGGAAGGCUCAUACUCCAGAGAAAUACCAGGUUCUCACGGAGUUCGAGGAAAAAAUAUGGGCAGAAGCCCCUGAAAAUCGAGAAAGACAGAUCGUUCUACAGGAAGCAGUCAUGGCUUUAAAUCGGAGUUAUUCCUUUUUUUAUGGCCAGAGCUUCAAAGACCAGGAUAAAUUGCGAGGUUUCUAUGAAUGGCUCUUUGAGAUUGAUGACGCGUACCUGGCGCUCUUGAAAACUGGCGAUAAUGGAGCAUUAUGUGUGCUUGCCUUUUAUGCGGUUCUAGUGAGGGACCUGGAGAGAUUUUGGUGGAUAGAAGAGUGGGCGGUUCACUUGAUAAGAGGGGUUUAUAUGCUUCUAGAUGGGGAGCAUCGGCUGUGGAUCAGAUGGGCUAUAGAAGAAAUAGGAUGGGUUCCUGAAAUCAGUUAA